GAGCUCAGAACAGCUAACCUUAGAGCAGAGAUAGCCAGAUACACACAUACAGCGCUUUCUCCCUAACUAAGAACAUUUUCACUCAAAAAGUAAAAGUGAAUUCAAAGCAACAACAACAACAAAUUAUCCAAAAGGGCAACACCCUAAUUGGAUUAAACUAGUGAAAAGAAAAAAUAUAUUAAUUAUUAUUUAUCAUUAAUUUUAGGGAAUGAGUAAAAGGGACAUCUGAUCUAACUACUCUUCUCAGAAAGAAAAUAAUAAAGUGGAUUUGUACACAUCUUGGACAAGAGGAGGAACAAGACAAGAAGACUCUUGGAGAACCAGAGAAAAGAGAGAAAGAAAUAGAAGAUAAUAUCUCCUCAUCCUCAGCAGCAGCAGUAGCAGUCUGACCCUGCUCCCUAAAGUGGACUGGUGAUUUCCUCCACCUGAGAGAGGACUAUCACCACUCUGCCCAGACUGCACCCAGCCUCGCUGCACUCCUCUCCAGCCUCCAGCGCAGCCUCAGCCCCCUACAGCACCACAUCCCUGGAGGAUGGCUGCAACCAAGACAGAGAUGCUCAAUCCAGCCCUGCAGAUCUCAGACGCCCUCAGCUUCACCCACUCGCACAUGGAUAACUAUCCCAAGCUGGAGGAUAUGAUGAUGUUGAGCUCCGCUGGGACCCCCUUCCUCUCUGCCUCAGCACCCGAGGGAGCAGAUUUCGGAUCGGGGGAGCCAGGAGAGCAGUAUGACCACCUUACUGGAGAUACGUUACCUGAUAUCUCCAUGAACUGUGAGAAGUCGAUGGGCGAGCAGAGCUACUCCACCCAGCGGCUGCCUCCCAUCUCCUACACCGGCCGCUUCACCAUGGAGCCCGCCACCAACAGCAGCAACAGCCUGUGGGCCGAGCCCCUGUUCAGUCUGGUCAGUGGGCUGGUUGCGAUCAACCCCCCCUCCACCUCCACCCCAUCCUCCUCCGCCUCUCAGACCGGCACCUCUUCCUCGUUGUCCUCCUCUAUCUCAUCCAUCGCCAUCUCCUCUCAGAGCUCCGGUCUGAGCUGCUCCGUCCACCACAGUGAGAAUAACCCCAUCUACUCGGCUGCUCCUACCUACUCCAGCGCCAGCCCUGACAUAUUUUCCGAUCAGGGCCAGUGCUUCCCCAGCCCCGCCGGAGGGUCGCUCCAGUACAACCCUCCAGCCUACCCUAACGGGAAGAUGUGUGGCAACAGCUUCCCUGUGCCCAUGAUCCCUGACUACCUCUUCCCCCAGCAGCAGGGGGAGAUUAGCCUUCUACCUGAUCAGAAGCCCUUCCAGAACGGGUCAGGCCAGCCCUCCCUCACCCCCCUGUCCACCAUAAAAGCCUUCGCCACCCAGACAGGCUCCCAAGACCCGAAGCGUGUCUACCAGUCCCAGGUGAUCAAGCCCAGCCGCAUGCGCAAGUACCCCAACCGGCCCAGCAAGACGCCGCCCCACGAGAGGCCGUAUGCCUGCCCCGUGGAGACAUGCGACCGCCGUUUCACCCGCUCAGACGAGUUGACACGCCACAUCCGCAUCCACACAGGCCAGAAGCCCUUCCAGUGCCGUAUCUGCAUGCGCAACUUCAGCCGCAGCGACCACCUGACCACGCACAUACGCACGCACACCGGUGAGAAGCCCUUCGCCUGCGAGAUCUGUGGACGCAAGUUUGCCCGCAGCGACGAGAGGAAGAGGCACACCAAGAUCCACAUGAGGCAGAAGGACAAGAAGGCGGAAAACGGUGGGAUGACUGGGUUGUUGGCUGUAGCAGCAGCUUCAGCAUCAGCCCCUUCCCCUGCCUCUAGUUACGCCUCUCCCAUCACCUCCUACCCCUCCCCGGUCUCCUCCUACCCCUCCCCAGUCACAUCCUGCUACUCCUCUCCCAUCCACACCUCGUACCCCUCUCCCUCCAUCGCCACCACCUACCCCUCUGUCUCCAUGUCCAUGUCCACUACCUUUCAGUCCUCCAUGGCAUCCUCCUUCCCCUCCUCCGUAGCCUCCAUCUACACCUCUCCGGUCCCCACCCCGCUAUCAGACAUGCAGUCCACACUCUCCCCAAGGACAAUCGAGAUCUGCUAAGGAAGAGAAAGAGAAAACACAUUUUAUUCUCUCCUCCUCACCACUCAGUACAAUCUCUUUGAGGGGAGAAAUCAGCAUCAAAAGACUUGUUAUUCACCUUCUGAAAAGCACUUUUCUGCCUGCUCCCUCCGCAAGCUCUGUUCAGUGAAUCCUCAGAUUCACCUGAAGAAGAGAUAAAACUAUACACACGUCAAGGACAAAGACAAUAUAGAAGACAAAAAGGGAUUUUUUCUUUCUCUGUCGAUAAAGCAAAUGCAGCGCUUCAAACAAGGCAUACAAGACUUUCUAGAGCCGGAGUUGAAACUGGCGUAGACAGGUCGUUCCUAUUAGUGAAUGCACAGACGGAGACAAACAGACAGACAGACUGAACAUUGCCUGGUACUAAGGCACGCUUGCCCUCCGAGGCUAUCAUUUACAGUACACAAUGCAUUGAAUGAUAUACAUAAGCUACAUAAUAUGUAUAUUGUACUCGUGCCAUGUUUUGCUCCUUUUUCCCCCAUUCUUUGGUACCAUUGAUGUGAAAAACUUAUUUGCAUUGUAUUAUUUGAAGUGAGCAGGGCCAUAUUUUCUAUUCUAAUACUUUCUCUAUGAUGUAGUGAUGACGAUGCUGUGAUGCGUUUUUUUUUUUACUUUGUUUGAUGACGAAAUAAGCACUUAAGUAUUCAAGCAUGUGUUAAGAGUGAUGUUAGUUUCUAUUGUUUUGUAAAUAUCAUCCACUGGUACUAUCUUUCUCUUUCUCACAUCAUGUGACAUAUCAGUCUGUUAUGUGGACAAAAAAGAGAAAAAAAUACAACUUAAACUAAAAAAAAAACUAAACAGCCAACGUUCCCGUUUCUGGUGCCUUUUUGUGAAGCCUUGCUGAUGUUUUGACACGGCUGCGUGCGAGAGAUGAUGCGUUGCGUCUCGCCUUAAGGGUUGAAGGGAUAUUUUUGUUACAGAAUGUAAGUUAUGCUCAGACAAAGAGAAAGGGAAGAAAGGGACGAGAUGAUAUGAGGGCACCGCUUCAUUUCUUUAGAAUGUAAGCAAAAUUAUAAACUAUAUUUUUUUAACAGAAGAAAUGUAAAUAUCCACACCUUCAAGUUGGAAUGUUGUACUUACCUACUGAGUAGGCAUGGGAUUCUUUUGUAUGUUAUAUACAUGCGGCUCAUUAUUUUGUGGUUUAUGUCUAUUUUGUAUUUGUGUUUGUUAAAUCAAGUGACUGUUUCUGGCUUCUCAACACAUUGAAUGCGCUUAACUGCCAAUGGGAUAUUUGGUGUACAUGAUAUCCUCCCAGAAAUUAAAUAUAAAUAAAACGUAAAUAUAUGUAUAGAA